AUGAAGGGUGUCCUGCGCAUGCUCCGCUGCGUCGAAGCCUCGGAGCCCACCACCGCGAUUCUGGCCGUGGAACAGGUGGAGACGCACCCGUUGCUGGUGUCCGGGCGCUUCAACGACCGCAUUUCGGUGCAAGAAGUGUCCGAGAAGGCUGCUCAGUAUCCACGAAAGGAGGAGGUAAGGACAAGGCGUGGCAGCCGCGAAGCGUGCUUGACAGCGGCACACUGGCGCCGGCGUUUUGAAGAGACGCAGAAGGAGCUUUUCGCUUUGCAGCGCGAGGCUGCAGCCAUGGAACGACAGUUCGAGGAGGAAGAGCGGCAGGCGGCCCUCGAGGAAGCUGCGCUGCGACUGCAGCUCGCGAAGGCUGUGGGCUUUGAGCGAGAGGUCGUGAGACUGGAAUUCCAAGACGGCAAGUGCAAGCGCCGUGUUUUCCGAGACGGCGCCAGUUCUACCGCGAGCGAGGCUCCAAGCAAGCAAUAUAGCUGCGGUAGCAAGCAAGAUAGCUGCGGUGAGAUGUCCACCCCCGAAGAGAUGUCCACCCCCGAGAAGGCCGCCGACGGCGAACUCCCGACGACGAACAAGCACGAGGGCUCGUGGAAGAAGUACGAGACUUACUACUGCGAGGUGGACCCGAAGCAGGGCGACCGCACAACCGAGAUCAAGCUGCUCUCCUUCAAGCGGCCGCACAUGCGCGGCUUCCACUUCGCGUGGUUCGGCUUCUUCAUGGCCUUCUCGUCGUGGUUCGCGUUCGCGCCGCUGAUGCCGCAGAUCAAGAAGGACCUGGGCCUGACCAAGGACGAGGUGUACAACGCGAACAUCGCAUCUGUGGCGUCGACCGUGCUCAUGCGCUUCGCUGUGGGCCCUCUGUGCGACAGGUUCGGCACGCGCACCAUGUUCUCCAUGCUGCUGACGUUCGGAGCUAUCCCGGUCUUCUUCGGUGGUCUCGUGAACAACGGUACUGGCCUGGUCAUCAUCCGCUUUGUCAUCGGUGUCCUGGGCGCGACCUUUGUGCCAUGCCAGGCGUGGUGCUCGCAGCUGUUCGCGAAGGAGAUUGUGGGCACGGCCAACGCCAUGGCUGGUGGCUGGGGCAACCUUGGAGGCGGUGCUGUUCAGCUGCUCAUGGUCGGCGUGUGGAACAUGUUCCGCACUGGCUUUGACGACGAGGAGGCCUGGCGCCUUUCUUUCAUCGUCCCCGGAGUUUUGACAUGCGGUACCGGCAUUAGCAUGUACUUCUUUUCGGACGACUCGCCGAAGGGCAACUUCAAGGAACUGGAGCAGAGGGGCGCAAUGGAGCGCCGGUCGUCCAAGAAGUCGUUCCAGGAGGGUUUCUUCCAGUACAACGCCUGGAUUCUGUUCAUCCAGUACGCGGCCUGCUUCGGCGUUGAGGUCACCAUGAACAACAUCCUCGCUGGGUACCUGGAGACCAAGUACGAGCUGUCGGUCUCCCUUGCGGGUCUCAUCGCCUCCCUGUUCGGCCUCAUGAACCUCUUCGCUCGCGCUAUGGGCGGCGCUCUAUCCGACAAGCUGUUCCAGUUGUUCGGCGCGGGCACCACCGGCAUGCGCGGGCGCAUCUAUGCGCAGUCUAUCUCUCUGGUCUGGGAGGGCAUCAUGCUCCUGAUCUUCACCCAGAUGGACUCUCUGGGCGCGACUAUCGGCGUCCUGCUGCUCUUCUCGCUCGGUGUUCAGAUGGCGGAGGGCUGCACUUUCGGAAUCGUACCCUACGUGAAGCCCACCGCAACUGGCGCCGUGUCCGGAGUGGUGGGCGCUGGGGGCAACGUCGGCGCUGUGUGCUGGGGCCUCAUUUUCCGUUUUGGCCCAUCGGAGGCCGACGAUGUCCUGUUCAUCCUUGGGUUUAUCGUGAUCGCAUCGGCCGUCAUGGGUCUCUUCGUGCUCAUCCAGGGCCACGACGGGUGCAUCACCAAAGCCAAGGGCGAGCCGGAGUCCCUUGACGUGAUCUGA